AGCCAUUCUCCCACCACGUCAGUUUGCAGGUGGAAUGAAAGAAGUAACGUAGAGAGUGUCGGCAGCUUUACAGUAUCGAAGAGUUUACUUAUUGAUUUGGUAGUUCUCGUUCCAAGUGACAGGUUACAGCAGUCCAAGAGCGAGGAUCGAAACGGCCACCAUGGCUUUAUAGCGGCAGCAGCGGCCAGCGGCAACCCCUCCCCAGGCCAGUGCGAGGCCGCAGCAUCCAGCAUCGCUGGCAACACCAGGCAUCGGCAUAAACAUGGCGCUCCUCAAGGCAUCCCGCAGCAGCAUUGCUGUAUACGAGAAAGAAAGUUCAGAAACCAGCUUCUACGUGAAAGCCCUCAUACUUGUAAACGAUGAACCUGUUAAGCGACGAUUUGAUGUUGGGGGACUUUUUGUCCCCCCUCAACCAGUCGUUUUUGGCAGCUGAGGAAAGUUUGGGUCUCUUGGAUGAUUGCAUCGAGGUGUCCGGGUACCUCCCAUCGCAUGGGUUUUCCAGCAAAAAGGCUAAGAAUGGCGUCUCUGAACUGCUGCCUUUGGCUGAACCCUUUGGCAGUUUCCAGGGGGACACCUUCUCCGGCAUGGAUUGGAUGGUGGAAAAGAUGGACCUGAAGGAGUUUGAUUUUGAUUCCCUGCUUGGGAUGGAAGAUCUAGAAGCCACCGUCUCGCCAGAUGAGCUGAUGGCCACGUUGGAUGACUCUUGUGAUCUCCUAGAGGACCCACCUCUCCCAUUGGUGUUUGGCCAGUAUGUGCCAUCACCUGCCCCAGUCUCUCUUCCAGGAAGUCCACUGGAGGCCGAUCAAGUGGCUCCGGUGAGUCCCAGUUUAGCAGAGUCCAAUAUCUCUAGCCCUAACCAUUCCUUUAUCUUGGAUGUAGGAAGUGAGGUAGAUGUUGCUGAGGAAGAUAACAAAUCAGUAAUCUACACUCUUGAAGUUCCAAAAUUUGAGAAGGAAGAUUCCUCAGAUAAUGACAGUGGUAUUUGUAUGAGCCCACUCCUGAAGUCUGAAAAGGAGGAUUCCUCAGAUAAUGACAGUGAGAUUUGUAUGAGCCCAUCAUAUCUGGGGUCUACCCAGCAAAGUCCCGCAUUUACUGUAGAGUAUCCUAGUAGUGCCCAGUCCUCUCCCGCAUCCCCUAAUUCUGAGAGACCCAAACCUUAUGAUCUUUCCUCUAAGGAUAAAGAAGUGUUGGCAAAGGUAAAAUCUGUAGGGCAGCCAAGAGUAGACAAGAAGAAGAAGAAAAUGGAGCAGAACAAAACAGCAGCCACUCGCUACCGCCAGAAGAAGAAAGCUGAACAAGACAUAAUAUCUGUAGAGUGCCGUGCACUGGAACAGAAAAAUGAUUCCCUCAAAGAGAAAGCAGAUUCCAUAGCAAAAGAGAUCCAGUAUUUAAAAGACCUAAUAGAAGAAGUCCGCAAGGCCAAAAGCAAACGAGCAAAAAGUUCUUGAG